AUGAGCAUCCACAGCGUCUUGCGUCGAGGCUGCCGCAGCGGUCAGCAGCGGUGCAGUCUUCUCUGGAGGUUUUCGGUCACCGUCUUGGUGCUCGCCAUACUCGCAAGCGUUGCCACACAAGCUGUUCUGGACGAAGUGGAGAGAAAUGCUUCAGAGCAUCCGGCGGACACCUUUGGCAGUGAAACGAACGGUGUGGUGGCUCAGGCCCCAGCGGUACAUAUAAACGCAUCCCAUGUGCUAGCCGCGGAUGACAAGCUCACGCCGGCCAGUGCUGUACCGCAGCACCACGAUGACGCAGCACUGGGAGCACCAAAGUCCCCACUCAGCCAGCAGGGGCACUACGAGCAAGCUGCGAAGCGCGCUACUGAGCUGCACACGGACGCAGUGCCAGCAGACAGGAAAGCCGGAACUUCUUCUCCCCUUCCAUCAGAGGCCUUCACGGAGGAGUCCGUCCGGGUAGAGCGUGACUGGCCCGAGCAGCCGCUGCCGCAACAAGAUGUGCCGAGCCAAGUGCCGCUGAACAGCACCCUGUACAGCGGCGAAGAAGAGAACUGGCAGCAUGAGCAGCAACAUCAGGCGACAGAACCGACGGCCAGCGCCCCAUCACUUAUGUACACAGACGACACGGAUGUUCCCUACGUGGGUGAUGCGCAUGCCGCACCUCCGGCUACAGAGCCUGCCACUGUUUCCAACAACCAUGCUGGUAUAACCGCCGCCGCUGCUGAUGCGGCGCAGGGGUGGGACGCUUCACCACCACCACAGGAGGACGUUACUACACCAGCGCAGCCAGAUGAGCCAUCCGCGUUCGAUAAGGAUGCCCCUUCCACUCCUGCGUGGAAAGAAAGGGAUUCAUCUGCAUCGCCGCAACCACAGACAGAGGAUCGGUUGCCUUUCCAGAGGGAUGGCCGAGAUCCGCAUGAAGACCAGCAGAGCGCCGCGUUGGACCGUGACGCGCGCACCACUCCGCAAAGUGGGCCUGGAUGGGAGGUGACGAAGAGACAGCAGGAGGCUGCCGCGGAGGCCGCGCAUCAGGAAACCCCACCACCGUCUACAGCCAACGCAGCACCCGCUUCGCCUGAAGCGCCCCUGGCGCAGAGGACUUCAGAAGAGCUGCACCAGGCAUGGGCCGGUGAAGCUCACGAGGAAGUGGGCGGCGAGGUGUCAUCAGACCCCCCUUCUGUGCUGGAGGCGCAGGAGCAACAGCUGCCGGAGCACCAUGACGAGCACCAGCAGUGGACGGAGGGCGGGGGAGUUCAGGGCGAUGGUGCGACGCAUGGCGCAGAAGUCACUACAGCGGAUGAUGGGGUUCUCACCGGCACGUCGGGUGGCUUGGCGAAGGAGGUGUGGCCCGCAGAAGCGCCACUGCCUGAAGCGGAGUUGACGGCAGAGGAGCACGCUGCAACUGCGGAGGUGCCUGAAACUGAUCGUUCUGUAUCGCUGUUCGCCACCGCCGAUGUCGCUAGCGAUGUGCCGGUGUCUGCUGAGGAGAGUGGUGAGGCUGCAGCCUAUGUGCAAGCGACAGAGGACCAGGUUGAGCCCGGUGAUGCUGCUUCUGCCACCGAUGCCGACACUAUCAGGGAUGGGAAGAGGGCGGCCACCGAGUUUUGGGAAGGACCGGACGACACUGCUGCUGCUGAGACUGACUUCACGGAGGGGGCAGGGAGCUCCGUCAGAGAGUCUGCCGCUGAUGUGGGGAAUGCCGAUGGUGAUGGGCUGAACAAAGAAAGGGAAGGGUUUGCGCCUUCUUCACCAGCCUCUGCCGCAAUCACCACGCCCUGUAGCAGCACCGACACGCCGUAUCAUCCUUGGGAGCACCACGUGCUGCACCCUCGAUCCCCACCCCCGUCGCGACUUGCUCUCUCCUACCUCUACUACCACGCGCUGGAGGCGCUCUACGUGGAUGAGAACGUGACGCUUUUCGUUCAGCGAGCCCGUGACGUGGCGCCGUACGGACAUGCACGGCUGAACUGGCUUCUCGGUGUGCUGCAUGCCUACGGCGUCGGCGUCCCGCGCAGCGAGCGGGAUGCACUCAUGUAUUACUCCUUCGCCGCUAUGGAGGCGGUACCUGAGGCGCACAUGGCGCUCGGGUACCGCUACAAGCUCGGCCUCGGGGUUGUGGAGAGCUGCGAGAGCGCGCUGGCGCACUACCGCGAGGCAGCGGACGCGGUGGCUAUGACGUACGACGGCACUGCUGCUGCCUCCGACAGUGGUGUGACACCGAUGGCCGCUGGCGCCAAGACGAUUGGCAGCGGCAGGGGCAGUCGCAGCGGUUCAACGUCUUUCUUUGCCUACCGCGACGACGCUGCCGCGUCUGACGUGCGCAAGCAGCGCCGGCUGGAUCUUAUCAGCCUCAAGUAUCAGGCCGACAUCGGCGACGUGGAUGCGAUCCUCACACUAGGGUACUUGCUCCUCAAGGGUGACUAUCAGGUGGCGCGCGAUGGCCGUCGCGCCGCCACCUACUUCAAGGCCGCUGCCGAACAGGGCAGUGCACGAGCGCAGGGUGCUCUGGGUCAGCUGUACAUGGCUGGUGACUCAUCCAUCAGCCCACCACUGCGGCCUGACCUGCGGAGGGCCCUCCACCACUUCCGCCUAGGCGCUCUGCAGAACGAUGCUCUGUCCCUGAACGGGAUAGGCUUCCUCCACGCUAUUGGGUACCUCCAUCAAGACCAGCGCCAUGGCGCGGCCGACGCCAACAGCCACGCCACUGACGAGUCAGACGUUGACGACAAGUCUGCGGCGCCGCCGUUGAACGGGCCGCCGGACUUCGUGACGGCGGCGCAGUACUUCUACCGCAGCCACUGCGCUGAGGGGCUGUACAACCUCGGCGUCCUUUUUCUGCACGGCCGCGGGGUGGUGCUAGACAAGAAGCAGGCGCGCCGCCUCUUCGAAAGGGCAGCGAAGCAAGGCAGCGUACUGGCGCAGUGGCAGCUGGCAAACAUGCUGAGCGAGGUCGCCGAGGACAGUAGAGGCAUACCGGCGGCAGAGUGUAAGCGGGCACUAGCGCUGUAUCAGCGCACCGCGUCCUUUGGCACUUGGCAGCACCGCGCGUCCGGCAACCACCGUUCGGGUGGCGGUGCCGCCGUCGGUUCUGACAAUGCAAAUGGGCAGCCGCAGCGGCAGCGCCAUGGUGAUGCGGAGGAGAAGAUGGGAAUCAACGAAGACGGUGACGCACAACUGUUGAGGGAGACGAGGGACAGGCACGUGUCUUCCCACGACGGCAGCCGGGGCCAGGACGAUGACGGCGGCGCUGCCAACCAUCUUGGCGGGUUUGUGCGACCGCGGUCGGAGGCGGAGUAUCAAGUGCUGCUCGCCGGCAUUCUCGACCGCCUGCACGCUGUGGAGGAGUCUUUGGUGUCGUCGGACGAAGGUGAAGGGCCCACCACUGUGUCGUUGGCCUCCUUUGUCGAGCUUCUCAGCCUGGCUGAGACGGGCGACGCAGUCUCUCCGUGGGUGGCCGCCCAGUACGUAGAUGAAUACCUCGAGGUCGCGGACACGACACUGCCGGAUGGCAGACAUGUCGGCAAGGCCGGUGCGGUCCCUCUUUUGUGGCCUUCGCCCUCCACGCCAGCAGGGACUCCUCAGUACCUCUCCGGCGAGGCGGCCGCCAGCGAGCUGCUCUACCAUCUACUGCAGCGCACCGUGCUGCAUCACACGCACACGCACGCCACGCUCGGGGCUGCGUAUCUGCGACUCGGCAAUUUCUACUAUUAUGGGGAGUCCCCCCUGUACGGGGUGAACAUGGAGCGUGCACUGGCGUACUACCGCAUCGCAGGUGAUCAGCAUCACAAUGCACAGGCACUCUUCAACGUGGGCUUCAUGUACCAGCUGGGUCUGCAUAAAGCUCCUCGCGUGACGCGGGUGGUGGGAGGCAUGUCCGCACAGGAGGUGGCAGGGCGUCCUGACGUGCUGCGGCACUACACCAGCGUCCCCACAGGGGCUGAAUGGAUGGUGCACUCGAACCCGCCCGAGUACCUGGUAGCAUCACCGGCCUUCUACUUAGCUGUCAAGGCUGCGGCAAACGCGUGGGACCGCACCAGCGCGGACCCGAUGGCGCGCGGCGUUGAUGUGUACCUUUCGUGGAAGUACUACACGGCGUCGCUCAAGCAAGAGGAGCGGGGCUGGAUGGCAGUGCAGUUUGCCUUGCUGAUGCUCAACGUGCAGUGGUCUCUGCGGCACUUUGGCAUCUCUGGGCUGCUACCGCAGUCGUCGGCGUUCACGUCACCCUCCGCUUCGUCCUCGACUUCAGCUGACUCGACGUUCUCCCUGGAUGAGGUAGGGAUGAAUGGCGUUGAUGUCCCACUAUCGACCGGCGUGGGGGGUGCCCAUUGGGUGCACCAGGACAGAGGCGCCGCUCUUCAGGGGCCAUUGGGCAUGCUGACUGCCAUGCUUCAAGUUAUGUGGAGCCACGUCAAGAGGAGCGCCGUGGGCGCUGCGAAGGUGAUGUUAUCGUGGUACGAGCCGUUGGAGAACGCGAUGCUGUACGGCGCCAUCUUCGUGGCUGUUAUUGGGCUGCUGGUUCGACACCACGUGGCAUAA